CGGUUGUGCUUGCGGCCGCGGGUAGUGACCCGACGCAGAGCAUGCAAGCUGCAUGCUAUGCCAGUAAAAUUGUACCGGUACGGUAGCUAUACGCGUGCACGUACGCGCACACACACGACAGAAGAAUGUCAGGUUUAACGUCGAUCAGUGACACUGACAGAGUGAAUUUCCAACCCCUUCACUUUCCUUAAUUUUCCCCUAUAAAAUGUGGGGAGUAUCGUCAUGUUGUUGAGUGGUGAUUGUUCUAGUGGUAGUCGACUGGGAUUACCCGUGUUGUUGCGGACAUCUUCUUCAAAUAUAGCACUUUAUUCGCCGACUAUGAUGGUGUAUUUUCCCGAUGCGACGUACGGGGACUACCUGGCCGUGGGAUUUGCUAUGGUGUUCCUUGUGUUAGCAGCGGCCCAAGUUGUAUUUCAUUUCAUUGGAAUAUUCUAUGUGAAACUAUGUAUGUACCAUAAACCCUCAAAUGUCUUGCGAGAGGAGAUGCCUGGUGUAUCAAUUCUCAAACCACUAUGUGGAGUGGAUGCUAACCUUCCGUGUAAUCUAGAAUCAUACUUCCUACUCAGCUAUCCAAGGUUUGAACUGCUUAUCUGUAUACAAGAUGAAGAUGAUGAGGCAAUAAAAGUUGUAACUCCCCUUGUGGAAAAAUAUCCUCAUGUAGAUGCAACCGUUUUUAUAGGUGGGUCAGAAUUUUGGAUCCAUCAAAAGGUCAUAUACAGUGAGACCUGA